GUUAGGUGUGUGUGUGUGUGAUGGAGGAGCACUGGAGCACGCGUGUGCGGGAGCGUGCGCUGUGGAGGGACUCGGCGGGCCGGCUGCCGGUGGAGCUGAGUGGAGGGUCGGACACGGGUCGCUUCACCUGGAUCCGCCCGCUCGCCUCGCCCGCUCACGGGGACGUUCUGCUGGAGGUGGAGGCUCUGCCGGUGUCCGGGCGGCCGCUCUGUGAUGUGCUGCACCUCCUGAACCACUGCGGGGACCCCAUCCGGAUCAAAACUGCCAAAGCAGGAGGCAGGCUGAAGAAAGGCUUGAGUUAUUUCUUGAGUCAGCGGUUUCAGAAGCUUUCAGCGGAUCAUCAGCUGCAGGAGAGCAUCAGGAUCAACCUGCACCGCCACGCUGCUCCAUGUACGACCCGUCGCCCUCGAGGCCGCGAGCUUCAUGGUGUGGAUUACAACUUCCUGUCAGUGGAGGAUUUCCUGGAGCUGGACCGGCGUGGAGGACUGCUAGAGAUCGGGACAUAUGAUGGUAACUAUUAUGGGACACCCAAGCCGCCAAACCAGCCUCUCAGUAGGACAGUGAUUACCCAUGAUGCUCUGCGAGACGGUUUCAUUGGUUCCCAGAAGUCCUUCGAUCGCAUGCAGCAUGAAGGAGUAGAGCAGACAGAACUGCAGGAGGAUGCAGACAGCAGCGCAGACAUGAACAACACAUUUACAGAGUUCUUAGCUCGUAGUCUGUUCCCCUCCCCCCUGCUGUGCACAGGAGACUCCAGCCGGCCGGACGCUCACGGCCCGGUCAGAGAAAACAGAGAAAACGCCCCCACAUACGAGCUGAACAACACGCCACACCCCCCACUCCCUCCGGACCUGGACCCGCUCGGGCCGCUGCCGGACAACUGGGAGACGGCCUUCACGGAGAACGGAGAGAUGUACUUCAUUGACCACAACACAAAGACGACCUCAUGGAUUGACCCUCGGUGUCAGGACAAACCGCCCAAACCUCUGGAGGACUGUGAAGAUGAUGAAGAGGGUGUACACACAGAAGAGCUGGACGCUGAUCUCGGUACGUCUCUCUUCUCACCCGCACCAGAGCUGCCGCCCGGCUGGGAGAAGAUCGAUGACCCCGUGUACGGAGUCUACUAUGUUGAUCAUAUCCACCGUAAGACGCAGUACGAGAACCCUCUCCUGGAGGCCCGGCGUCAGAAGCAGCUCGACGCGCAGCAGUCGCCCGAAGGCGGUCGCUACAUCAGAGAAUGGAUCGAGGAGCACUCGUCUGCCGGAGCUGCGAUCGGAUCUUAUGUGCCCAGUCAUCUGGAGACGUACAGAGACCCUCAGAGCUGCCCGUCGGCUCCUCUGGCCCCGGGGCCCAAACGAGGAAAGCCGUUCUUCACCCGUAACCCAGCCGAACUGAAGGGCACGUUCAUAAGCACGAAGCUGCUGAAGAGCCGGCGAGGCUUCGGCUUCACUGUGGUCGGCGGGGACGAACCGGACGAGUUCCUGCAGAUCAAGAGUCUGGUGUUGGACGGACCGGCCGCUGUGGACGGAAAGAUGGAAACAGGUGACGUGAUCGUCAGUGUGAACGACACCAUCGUGUUGGGAUACACUCAUGCUCAGGUGGUGAAGAUAUUCCAGUCCAUCCCGAUCGGCUCCAUGGUCCAGCUGGAGCUGUGCCGCGGAUACCCUCUGCCCUUUGACCCCGACGACCCCAACACCAGCCUGGUGACAUCCGUGGCCAUCCUGGACAAAGAGCCCAUCAUCGUGAACAGCCAGGAGGGCUUCGAGCCGGUCGCGCCGCUGGUGUCGGGUCUCGAGGCGGUGCCGUUCCCCCCCGUGCCGGACAGCGCUCUGCUAGUGACCGACAGCUACGCUAGCGAUGUGGCGACGCUAGCCUCCUCCAUCGCCACGCAGCCCGAACUCAUCACGCUCCACAUCGAGAAGGGAGACAAGGGCUUCGGCUUCACCAUGGCCGACAGUCUGGUGGGUGGAGGGCAGAAGGUGAAGCAGGUCGUGGAUUACCCACGAUGCCGAGGGCUGAAGGAGGGAGACAUCCUGCUGGAGGUCAACAAGAGGAGCGUUCAGGGCUUGAGCCACAACCAGGUGGUGGAUCUGCUCAGCAAGUGUCCUCGAGGGACUGAGGUUACCAUGCUAGUGCAGAGAGGAGUCCUGCAGCCCAAGAGAAGUCCCAAAGUGCUGCAGCUGGAGCGUAAGGACAGUCAGGGCAGCUCUCAGCACAGCGUCUGCAGUCACCGCAGCGCUCACACAGACUCGCCCGCACGCCUGCUGCCCUGCUCUGCCCCGGGAGCCCCAGGACCCCCUCCACCCGUCCCUCCACCCGUCCCGCCUCCGCCCACCCAGCCGCUGCCCGUCCUGCCGCCCUUCGACCCCCCCGCUACCAACGGGACUCUGCAGAAAAAGCCGGACCCCUUCAGGAUCUGGGCGCAGUCCAGGAGCAUGUAUGAGAGCCGCUUGCCAGACUCUCAAGAACAAGACAUUUUCCUUUGGAGGAAAGACACAGGCUUUGGCUUUCGGAUCCUGGGCGGAAAUGAACCCGGAGAACCGAUCUACAUAGGGCACAUCGUGAAGUUCGGCGCGGCGGACGAGGACGGCCGGCUGCGGUCCGGAGACGAGCUCAUCUGUGUGGACGGAACCGCUGUGGUGGGCAAAUCUCAUCAGCUGGUGGUGCAGCUCAUGCAACAGGCGGCCAAACAGGGGCACGUCAACCUGAGCGUGCGGCGAAAGACCACUUACACAGGUUAUAAGGGCGAGGGGGACGUUCCCCCGUCUCCGGCCUCCUCUCACCACAGCAGCACACAGGCUCCGUCGCUCACCGAGGAGAAGCGCACGCCUCAGGGCAGCCAGAACUCGCUGAACACCGUGAGCUCGGGCUCCGGCAGCACCAGUGGCAUCGGCAGUGGGGGUGGAGGUGGCAGUGGGAGUACGGUCACGGCCCUGCAACCCUACGACGUGGAGAUCCAGCGCGCCGAGAGCGAGGGCUUCGGCUUCGUCAUCGUGUCCUCCGUGUCCAGGCCGGAUGCGAACACCACCUUCGCUGGAAACACAUGCGUGUCAAUGCCUCAUAAAAUCGGUCGUAUCAUCGAGUUCAGUCCGGCGGACCGCUGUGGAAAGCUGAAGGUGGGCGAUCGGAUCCUAGCGGUCAACAGCUGCUCCAUCACCAACAAAUCACACUCGGACAUCGUCAACCUGAUCAAAGAGGCGGGUCACGCGGUCACGCUGCGCAUCAUCCCCGGAGACGAGACGUCAAACGCCUCAUUACUGACCAACGCAGAGAAGAUCGCCACCAUCACAACUACACACUCACCUCAGAGCAGCACAGAGCCCAGGAAUAACAAACCCAAACCGGCGCUAACUCACCCGCCAGCCUACAGUCAGGAGGCAGAGUUUUACUCCGUGGAUCUGGAGCGGGAGAGUAAAGGCUUCGGCUUCAGUCUGCGAGGUGGGAAGGAGUACAGCAUGGAUCUGUACGUGCUGAGGUUGGCUGAGGACGGAGCGGCCACCAGGAACGGCAAGAUGAGGGUCGGUGAUGAAAUUCUGGAGAUCAACGGUGAAACUACAAAAAAUAUGAAUCAUUCCCGCGCCAUCGAGCUGAUCAAGACCGGAGGAAGACGAGCCCGACUGGUGCUGAAGAGAGGAGAUGGAUCCGUCCCAGAGUACGACGGCCCAAAUGACAGCUACCCUCCCUCGCCCGGGCCACAAAAUAAUUCGGAAGUGAGGACUUUGCUGGUCAGCGGCCCGUUUCAUCCACCGUCAGAGUCCAGCUAUACAUCUGAAUAUCCCACCCCAUCCCAGCCCAAGCAGCAGCACCUGAAGGCCAGACAGCCAGAGCGAGAGAAGGACUCCGGCCCGGAUCCACACCACCUGUCCUGGAACAACCAGCCCAGCCCCAAAAACAACUCCCACCGCAGGGUCAAGAAGUCCGAGUCCGAGAGUGGCAUUGCCAAGCUCUUCAAAACAUUAAGGAAAGAGGGCGGAUUCGGGAGGAAAUCUUCCAAUCAGGAUCUACAGAGACAAGGCCGCAAACCAUCCAUAGACAGGGAAAGUAUCACCGGAUCUCAGAUGCGUAGUGGAUCCUUGGAUCGCUCCUCCGGCCGGAAGCGCAACAGCUCUCCGGACCGCCGUCGGGCCAAGUCUGUGGACCGUCGCAUCACUCGAUCUUAUAAAGAUCAGUCCCCUGAACGCAGCUAUCAGGCCUCUUCCCAGGACCUGCUGAGCCAGAUCUCCACUCCUGAGAGGCAUUCCCAUUCCCAACGAGACCCGCAGACGCCCCGCCGAAACCCCAGCAGCGAGGGCUACUUCACCUCCACCCCGGAAAGACCCGACAAAGCCGUGGCCCAAACACUGGGCCGCACCCCGGAGCGGCCCGACAGAGCCGUGGCCCAAACGCUGGGCCGCACCCCGGAGCGGCCCGACAGAGCCGUGGCCCAAACGCUGGGCCGCACCCCGGAGCGGCCCGACAGAGCCGUGGCCCAAACGCUGGGCCGCACCCCGGAGCGGCCCGACAGAGCCGUGGCCCAAACGCUGGGCCGCAACCCGGAGCGGCCCGACAGAGCCGUGGCCCAAACGCUGGGCCGCACCCCGGAGUGGCCCGACAGAGCCGCGGCCCAAACGCUGGGUCGCACCCCGGAGCGCGGGCUAAAGAACAGGAACCUUCUGCACAACGGCUCUCCGUCCAGUCAAGCUGAAAGACAGGGAUAUUUCCUGAACGGAGCCGGUGAAAGAGCCUCCCGCGGGAGAUCGGACAGCAGCAGCGAUGGGAGUCUCCUGGAGGAGGGCGUCACUCCGCAGCUGAGGGAUUAUUACAACGCUCUGAGAGCCGGGAGCGGGAGCGGGAUCAGGAGCGGGAUCGGCCAGAACUCUCCCAGCAGGAGGCGGCUUUACAAGGAGAACCACGCAGACCUCAGUAUCUGACCGCUUCAGCACUCCUUCAGCAGUGGAGUUCUAGUUUCAUCUGUCCAUUUGUUUUUAUAUGUUGUUGUGAGUGAGAUCCAUGUUUUGUCAAGAAGGUACGGACUAAAACUGUUUUGUUCUCUACAUCUACUUUGUGUCCUCUUUUCUCCAGAUUCAGAUUUAUUGAACUAGAGCACAAGAAUUCAACUUUUGUUUCUUUGUUUGUACAUUUGAGUAGAUGUGGCA